CGGCGAAUCACUUUUCGCUCCUCUCCUCUCCUCUGCGACAUCUUCGCCUUCGUUCUUUGUUUGCUCUGUUCCAGCUGUCAUGUCCUCAGCGCUCGAGCAAAACUCCCACACGGAAACACUAAGCUAACACAUGUUUCCCCACCGGCAGACUCGAGGGUGUCAUUGGCGCGGUGGAGUCAAGCAAACUUUUCCCUCCGCUUCUCGGUGACAGCUUCGCGUUUUGGGAGUCUGGCUGGUUCCAGAAGCUUUUACUUGCCCACUUUCUAUUUUUGCCCUGAAACGGUACCGCCAGUCCCGCUUUUGUGUCGGCUCCGAGAGUGUCCGUCCUUUUUCCACCAUGAGAAUCUGGCGGUGGAGGAAGAACUCUGGCUUUGUCGUCUCGGCUGUCAUCUGGUGCCUGACCUCGGUAAUCGCGAAUGCUGACACUACGAUUUACAACACUCUGGGGGGAAGUGCCGGGGACGAACGGCCGAGUCCAGCAGAACGUCACGAGACCACCGUACCUCUGCUGCUUACGGGCCGGGACAGCGGACCCCUCAGCCGAUUGGAACCGGGGGUUUAUCCGGCAUCGCUCCGGCUGCUGGUACGCGCCGAAGGCCAACAGCUAGUUCUGCUGCUGGAGAAAAACGAGGGUCUCUUCGCCAGCCAUUACACGGAGACGCACUACCGGAACGGCGAACGCGUCGUCACCGGUGCACGCAACUCCACGAUGAAGAAUUGCUACUAUCACGGGGAAGUGCAGGCGCAUCGCAACUCUGACGUCACCCUCAGCGUCUGCUCGGGCCUCCGGGGCUUCAUCGCACUUGAAAACAAGUCGUUGGUCAUCGAACCGGGGUCCGGCAAAAGCCCGGACGUCCACUUCAUCUAUCGAGCAGAACAGCUGCGCCUGACCUCGGGCGACUGCGGUCAUGGCGACAACAUAUCCUCCGUCACCCCGGACAACGACCUUCAAAGCCCUUUCCGGGCCUUCCGUGAGAGGCACAAAAGGGAUGCGCAGAAGACCACCAAAUACGUGGAGCUGAUCAUCGUUGCGGACAACCGAGAGUUUCAUAAACAAGGUGGUGACGUGGAGAAGGUGAAACAGAGACUUGCAGAAAUUGCCAAUUAUGUGGACAAGUUCUACCGAGCGCUGAACAUCCGCGUAGCCUUGGUGGGUCUGGAGGUGUGGAGCGACCACGACAAGUGUCCCGUCACACAGGAUCCCUUCGCCACCCUUCACGAGUUCCUCGACUGGCGCAAAGUCAAGCUGCUGCCCCAGAAAGCUCACGACAAUGCUCAGCUCAUAAGCGGGGUCUACUUCCAAGGCACCACCAUCGGCAUGGCGCCCAUCAUGAGCAUGUGCACGGUCGAGCAGUCCGGCGGCAUCGUCAUGGAUCACUCGGAGAACCCGCUGGGCGCGGCCGUGACCUUAGCUCACGAGCUGGGUCACAAUUUCGGCAUGAAUCACGACACGCCGGAACGCGGCUGCGGCUGCAGGAUGACGGUGGACCGCGGCGGCUGCAUCAUGACGCCAUCCACGGGGUAUCCGUUCCCCACGGUGUUCAGCACGUGCAGCAAGAAGGACCUCGCUGCCAGUCUGGAGAAAGGCGUGGGCAUGUGUUUGGACAACAUGCCCGAGGUCAAGGUGCUCUACGGCGGCCAGAAGUGCGGCAACGGCUACGUGGAGGAAGGGGAGGAGUGUGACUGCGGGGAGCCCGAGGAAUGUUUGAAUCCGUGCUGCAACGCCACAACGUGCACGCUGAAAGGAGACGCCGUGUGCGCCCACGGACAAUGCUGUGACAACUGCCAGCUCAAACCUCCAGGCACCAUGUGUCGCGAUUCCGGGAACUCCUGCGACCUCCCGGAGUUCUGCACGGGCGUCGCCUCCCACUGCCCGGCCAACGUUUACCUUCACGAUGGCCACGCCUGCCACGCCGUGGAGGGUUACUGCUACAACGGCAUCUGCCAGACCCACGAGCAGCAGUGCAUCACCCUGUGGGGUCCAGGAGCCAAGCCAGCGCCGGGGAUCUGCUUUGAGCGAGUCAACUCGGCGGGGGAUCCUUACGGGAACUGCGGGAAGGAUUCCAAAGGCUCCUUUGCUAAAUGUGAUGCUAGGGAUGCAAAGUGCGGUAAAAUCCAGUGCCAGGGCGGCGCCAACCGGCCAGUGAUCGGCACCAACGCCGUUUCCAUCGAAACUAACAUCCCGCUCCAGGACGGCGGUCGCAUCCUGUGUCGAGGGACGCACGUUUACCUCGGGGACGACAUGCCCGACCCGGGUCUGGUUCUGGCUGGCACUAAAUGCGGAGACGGGAGGGUGUGUCUUAAUCGCCAGUGUCAGAACAUCAGCGUCUUCGGCGUGCACGAGUGCUCGGGAAAGUGCAACGGACGUGGGGUGUGCAACAACAAGAAGAACUGUCACUGCGAAGCACACUGGGCGCCGCCAUUCUGCGAGGGCGCCGGCUUCGGCGGAAGCAUCGACAGCGGCCCGACCAGACUGGCAGCCGACAGCGUGCUGGUCAUCGUGAGCGUGCUGGUGGCCGCCAGCGGGCUGUUGCUGGCCAGCGGCCUCGUCUUCCUCAAGAGGAAGACCCUGCUGCGACUGCUCUUCACCCACAGGAAGAGCACUUUGGAGAAGCUCAGAUCCAUCGAGGCCAAGCGGCCCACCAGUCCAGCCAGGACCCAGUUCACGUGCAGACCAGUACCGCAACGCAAAGCUCCUCCCAAGCCCUGUGGACUGGGCGCCGGCAUUUACAAGCCGUCCCUCCUGAGUGCCGAGCCUCUUCUCCCGCCUCACAAGUUCCACUCGCACAGCCUGCGGCGCCUGCCGCUUUAUCAGCCGCUGCACAUCAGCCAGCCCAUGCCCGUGUCGCUCAGCGUGGGCCAGCCCACCCUGCCUCCUCUGCCAGCCCGUCACAGGCUGCCAACAGCCGACCGUCGUGCCGAUGCUUUGCCGCCGCCCGCCGUGCCGCCUUUCCUCAGUCUGCCCCGCCGGCCCGUGUCCUACCGACUGGGCCAGCAGGACUUUGACAAGCCGAGUCCUCCUCAGAAGCCGCUUCCCGCCGACCCACUGAGCCGAAGCGCUCGCUUGGGUCACGGAACCUCCGCGUUGGGCCUUCACAAUUCUGGAAGAGGACCGCUGCCCAUCCCCAUCCCCACCGUACCCAAACCACCACCCACCAUCCCGUUACCGAGCAGACCUGCACCAGUGUUGCCCUACAGACCACCAAAGAGCCCCAAAAAAUGCUGAGCAAGUCCCCCCAGGUGGAGGGAGUCUCUUUUAUUUGCACUAAUUCAUUACCAGGGCUCCGUUGGACUGGUUACGUUACGCUUACAGUGGACGCCCAGUGGACUGGUUGUGAGUGACGCUUUUUGGACAUUUGGAGGCGAAAAAGAAAAAAAGACAUCACAUGAUGGUCGGUGGUGCUCUCCCACUUAACGGUGCUCUAUCUUGUCCUCGCUCAGGUACCUAUGGACUAUUUAUUAUUUUAUUUGUGCGCACUCUUCCCCACUAGGAAGAUUGAACGUCUAUGUCAGAGGUGUUUUAUACAUUUAGGAAGCAAAAUGUGUGUUUUAUAAUCUCAGAUGCAAAGACAAAAGGGGAAGAACCAGAUGAGUUUAUUCGCCUUUGGGGAAAGAAAAAAAAAGCAUGAGAAUUUAUUGACCAAUUGGAUGAAAAAUGAAUUAAGACAUUUGAAUUUUUUUUUUCCACGUGAUGCUGUUGUCACAAAGUAACGGAUACAUAAUGGCACCAAUUAUUGUGGAGUUUACUGCCAAGUGAUGAUGUCAUCUGUAUUUUCUGUGUCAGGCAGAAUGUUCUUUUUGUCUCCACAGCCUUUUGGAUGUUUCCUCCUUGAACUCCGUUUUGCUUUUUCCAUCAGUGUUCAGUGAUGCGUGUGAGUAGAAAAAGUCACAGUGUGCUCAAUUCAUGUUCAACUUUGCCUUAUGGGCGUUUGUACAUCCUAAAUGUGUCUGUUGUUUAUUUGCAUAAAGGCAACAAAAGCCAUUAAAAGUCAUUGGAUGUA